CUCACAUUCAUUUCUUGCAUAGAAAAGCAAGCAGAUCAGAUGUAUUUUGUCAAUAAGCAACACUCCAACAAUCAUUGUCUGUAUAACAUAUGAAAUAAAUGGUGGGUUUCUCCUGAUGCUUUCACAUGGGUUUUAGAGAUAUCUUAAUAAAACAAAAGUCUGUGCCACCAUUAUUAUUAUUAUUACUUGAGAAUUGCAACAGAAGAGAAAUACUUGCUCAGCCAUUAAGUCAUUUGUGAGCAGUAAACCAAAAUUCUCUCGCGUAUUAUUUCCUUCUUAUGUAGUUAUGUUUAUAUUAUUAUACUACAUUUCUUCUAAGAAAGGGCAUAGGCUCAUUCAAAGGCUUUGACUGGAGUAUAUUUUUAUGAGUUGAGGCUACUUGGUGGUAUAAGUAUUUUGACCUUUGUCGUGGUCCAAGGAUCUCUGUUGUGGCAAGAACACUUCAACCAAGACAACGUUCUGAGCUGCUGCUAUUCCUUCAUUGAAAUCAUGCUCAGUUGCAGAUGCAGAUGUAGAAAUUAGUUCCACAUUGUCAAAGGUGCAAAUAACCCUUCAAGAAUAUGCUGAGUUCAGAAGACAACGCCAUGGAGUCCAGAAAACCAGUUCACAAACUUUCUGAAACAAUUCAUUCUCUGCUAGGAUGGAAAUCACAUGUGACUUCCAACUGGGUCAAAUCUGUUUGCGAAAUAAUGAAAAGUGUACCACCCGAUAUGGUAUCUAUCAACUCAAAACCGAUUAAUGUUGCAACGGAGCAUUCCAUGAAGAAGAAAAGUGAUGAACUGCAUAAUUCCAUUUCAAAGGUUGAAGAUGAAAUUGCUGCUUUAACGGCCUACAUAAAUCAACUGAACACACAGAGAAGGAAGGUACUAAAUGAGUUUCUAGAUUUGAGAGGGAACAUUCGUGUCUUUUGCCGUAUUAGGCCCAUUGCAGUUCCAGAGAACUUUGGCCAGUUAAAACCUGUUGCAGCAUUGGAUUCAAGUAAUGUUGUUUUAAAACUAGCAAAGAACAAGAAUAAAACUUACAGUUUUGACAAGGUUUUCCAUCCAGGUUCAUCACAAGAUGAAGUCUUUGCAGAAGUUGAACCAGUUAUUAAAUCAGCCUUGGAUGGGUACAACGCAUGUAUAUUUGCAUACGGACAGACUGGCACAGGGAAAAUCUUCACCAUGGAAGGUAUUCCACAGUCCCCAGGAGUGGUAGCUCGUGCAAUGGAGGCAAUUUUUAAACAGGCAGUGGAUAGCAACCACGUAUUCGUCUUCACUUUCAGUAUGCUUGAGAUUUACCUAGGAAACCUAAAAGAUUUACUUGUCCCUCAGCCAACAAAAGUAAUGGAUCCUACGCCACCAUGUCUCUCAAUCCAAACAGAUGCUAAGGGAGGGAUUGAAAUUGACAACCUUGUGGCUAUUCCAGUGACUGACUUCAACCAAGCAUUGAAGUUGUAUAAAUUAGGAUGCCGGUUCAGAUCAACUGCUUCUACAAAUUCUAACAAAACAUCAAGCAGAUCACAUUGCUUGAUCCGCCUAUCAAUCACAUGUCUUGAUGCUCCUGAGAGGCGCCAAGAAACAAAUAAAGUAUGGUUUGUCGACCUUGGCGGAAGUGAGCGCGUGCUUAAGACAAAGGCUUCGGGAAGAAGACUUGAUGAAGGGAAGGCCAUCAACUUGUCACUUUCUGCUCUUGGUGAUGUCAUCCACGCCCUUCAAAAGAAAAAAUUUCAUGUACCUUAUAGGAACAGCAAGCUAACACAAGUUCUUAAAGACUCCCUUGGAGAAGAUUCGAAAACUCUGAUGCUAGUGCAUGUUAGUCAAAAGGAAGAAGAUAUAUGCGAGACAUUGUGCUCGUUAAAUUUUGCAACAAGGGUGAGAAGCAUUCAUUUGGGGGACAUGGAUUCAACUGAAGAAAGAGAGCAAAAGGAAAUUGCAAUAGCACACAUGCAGAAAAAAAUGAAAAUGAUUGAAGAUGAACGCCGAGAAGUCAGAAGAAAGAUCGAGAAGUUUAAUGAAGAAUUACAGAAACUAACAGGGACUGCUCCAUCUUCUAAUGAGCAAUUAGAGGCCUCUCAUUUGUUAACCAAAUUUAACCAACAUAAUCUUGAAACAACAAGGAGCAAAACUACAGAAGCUAUAGCAGCUCCUUUAUCAAGUAUACCAAGAUUUAUGAAGCCUACUGUUUGUAGCACAAGAAAAUCUGGAGCAGACAACCAAACAUCUGAAGAGAAAGUAAAAUUCCCUGCUAGAAGAAGAAGGCCAUUGUCCCAUCGUGCUGAGUCUGUGAGUUUCCCUGUAAAGCGUAUAUCAGAAAACAAUUCAGAAUGCAGUAUCUCAAGAAAUAGCUGUUUGGUGGAUUUGAAUGUGAAAAGUAAUGCAGAUGAAACAGAAUACAGUCAGGAUGCAACUGAAAGUGAUAUAAAAAGUAUAAUACUCCUGGAACAGGAAAUGUCAUCAAAGAGUUCAACUCAGCAAAAGGAUUGCCUUGUCAACAGUGACAGAUAUGGAAAAAGAAAGAAAAAUAGCUUCAUCUCUACAAACUUUUCAAAAGUUGACAAUUGGCUACGUUUGCACAAGAAUGAACCUAGGGUGAGUACUAUUUCUCAAAAAAGCAAAAGGGUUCUAGCAAUUCCUGUCCCAGAGAAGAAACAAAAAUAUAAAGGAAAGAAAGUAGAUGAUUUGCAAAAUGGAGAGGAGCAUAACUAUAAGUUCACAAAGAAAAAGAUUGCAAACAAUGAAAAACAUGAAAGUUGUUUUGAUGUUUUAAGAUCUGGAAGAUUGAAACAAGUAGAAAUUUAUAAACCUCCAAUAAAUAUGGAAAAUUUUAUCAAUACAUACCCAAGAUGUGACUCCAUACAUCCACCAGAAACACUCGAUAGUGAGAAAAUACUACACACAAUAAGCUUGGCAAAUAUGUUCAUGGAGGAAAACCAGAGCAGCUUAUUUUCUCCACCCAAAAUCUGGGGCAGUAGUUUUGAUCUGAAUCAAGAUGGUAACAAGGUCGACCAAACAUUUGCAAUGCAGAAAGAAGGCGGACCACAAUCUUCAGAAACUACCUUUCCAGAAAAGAAUGCAUGGUGCAAAUUCUCACCAUCUAAAAUAUCCCAUUGUAUGUUUGAAACAAGAGAUGAUUCGGGCUCAUCAAUGUCAGUAUCAGAACAAGACCUACAAUAUUUACUAUUGCCUACGGAGAUGUCAGUAUCACAACAAGAUUUGCAAUGUUCACAAGUUCUUACAGAGAUGACAGUACCAGAACAAGAGCUUCAUUGUUCACAAGUGCCCACAGAGACAGGUACAUAUGAAAGCCAUAGUGAAGACUUGGCCACAGUAGAUCUUAUAAUAGAAAAUUCAUGCCCAAGACCUGGUAUACAUAAUAUGAGAACACAAAGGGCCUUAAUCAUGGACAAUGAGAAUCCAAAGGAAAUAAUCAUGACAUCAGUGAAACCGCAGGAAAAUACAGAAGUCUUAGGUAUAUGUAAUCAUAUUAUAGGGAAAGCUCAGAUUCUUGGGGCCAGUGCACUUCUAGUAUCAGGGUUCAACAAUUUGGGACUUGAGCAUGAAUUUUUCUACGGUUUAAUCCUAUGAAUCAAAUCUAGAGAGAGGUAAAAACAAAAAAAAACGCCCUUGAGCAGCAGCCAUGGUGGUGAAGAAGAAGAAGAUUUCAAGCCCUUUCCUAUAUAAACAGUACUGCAUCAUUCCAACAUCAUAGCAACUUACCUUCAGCCAAAAAAAACCCUCUAUUCAUAGACAAAUGAGCAAUGAUACAGGUACAAACAAAGGGGCUGUCCUGUGUGGCAUCAUAAUGUGUUCAUGAAGCCCCGUUAAAUUAUCAUCGCUGAGCAUUGACUGAAAGAACAAGUAAAUAUCCAGCACCUUAGAUGUUCCUUGAAAUCAGCUAAUUGGCCAUCUAAAUUAAUAUGUUUAGAACUAUUUUUAUUAUAUGGUCAGUAUUUGUGUAAUUACAUAUAUAAAUAUACAUAUAUAUAUUGUUUUAUUUGUUUUGAACAUAUGAACAUGUAAAGGAACCUCAUUGAUUUAUUGGUCAAACUAUGAAAUGCGGGAAAUGCUUGCGAUCAUAUGUA